GACAAAUGACAAGACGUCAAUUGAAUGGAAAAGUCAAACGUGAACGUGUUUCUUCUUUCUUUCUCGUUUUCAAAUUGUUAAUAUGGCUCGAGGCCCAAAAAAACAUUUGAAGCGUUUAAAUGCGCCCAAAGCAUGGAUGUUGGACAAACUUGGGGGUGUUUUCGCGCCUCGUCCAUCCACUGGGCCGCACAAGCUGAGAGAAUCCCUUCCCCUUGUAAUUUUUCUACGAAACAGGCUUAAGUAUGCCCUAACUAACAGUGAAGUUACUAAAAUAGUUAUGCAGAGAUUGAUAAAAGUUGACGGAAAAAUCAGAACAGAUCCUAAUUAUCCCGCCGGGUUCAUGGAUGUCAUAACAAUUGAAAAAACUGGUGAAUUUUUCCGGCUCAUAUAUGAUGUUAAGGGCCGAUUUGCCAUUCAUAGAAUUACAGCUGAGGAAGCUAAGUACAAGCUUUGCAAAGUACGUAAAGUUCAAACUGGACCAAAGGGAAUUCCAUUUCUGGUAACACAUGAUGGUCGUACAAUUCGUUACCCAGACCCAAUGGUUAAGGUAAAUGAUACCAUUCAAUUAGAAAUCGCAACCUCAAAGAUUCUGGACUUCAUUAAAUUUGAAUCUGGAAAUUUGUGCAUGAUCACUGGUGGUCGUAACUUGGGAAGAGUUGGGACUGUAGUAAGCAGAGAACGUCAUCCUGGUUCCUUUGAUAUUGUGCAUGUAAAGGAUGCUAAUGAUCACAUAUUUGCGACUAGAUUAAAUAAUGUAUUUGUUAUUGGCAAAGGAAGCAAAGCUUUUGUUUCAUUGCCAAGAGGUAAAGGUGUCAAGCUGUCCAUCGCCGAAGAGAGGGAUAAGAGGUUAGCUGCCAAGUCACACUAAAAAAAAUUGUGUUUUUAAAAAAUAUACGGAUCAAACCCACCCAGAUUGCGUCUCUUUGCCUUAAUUAGUAAACAUUGAAAGAAAAAACAUA